UCGGUGUCAAAACGAUUUUGAACGCGCCAGCGAACGGUUGUGUUGAACGGAAAGAAAUCAAAGAAGUUCAAGAAAAACAAGAAGACGAAUAAGAAGUUGAAGAGGAGCUGAAAAGUGUAAUACGCAAAAGCAAACAAAAGUGCAACUUUGUUUAAAGAAAAACAUUUUUGAAAUUGUGACUUUUAAACCGGUUGUUAAAUGCGCGCUGCUACUGCAACAAUCAACUGUAAAACAACAAAAACAACAAUACCUGCAGCAAAGCAACGCCGUCAGCUUGCACAUUUUUUUUCGCUUGCCUGAUACAGGGGAUAACAGCAAGAAAGAAGAGCAAACAAAUAAAGAGAGUUUAAAUACUCAAUUUAACCGUUAAGUCGGGAUCAAUAUAUAAAAUACCAGCGACAACAACAACAAAAACAACACUAAACAUGGCACUCUCCAUUGUGAGCCGCAGUCUAUUGCGUACUUCGAGAGAAAUCCUGGAACGCAAUAUGGCCGCAACGGUGGGCGCACUGCAGCAGCAGCAGCACCAGCCCCUUUCCACCUUUCCAACAAGCGAUUGCAACAACAAUCGCCUGGUGUCUGGUUCAGCACAUGGUGCAUGGAGCCUUGUCUACCGUCCGGCAACUGCGCUGCAGAAUGUGCGCCUAUAUUCAAAGAAAGCUGCUGGAGCAGCCACUAUGCGCCGCCAGGACAGCGAUUCGGACUCCGAUUCGGAUGACGAGUUCGAACGACGUCGCAGAAAUGCCAAUGUGAAGCAUAGCGAACGGGGCGAUUCUGAGUUCUGGCGCCGCAAAAUGCGCACCCUGCAUCGCAUCAUGGAUGUCAAUCACGAUGGCGUCAUCUCGUACGAUGAUUUCAAGCUGUUGGCGAAACGCUUCAGCGAUUUGGGCCAUUUGUCAGACGAGAUGGCCGAAGAAUUCAACGAGGUGAUCAAACAGACCUGGGAGGAGCAAUUCGGCGAGAUAACCCCAUAUAAUCUAGUGACUGCCGAGCAGUUCCUAACCGAUUUGCAUCAUCGACUGAACGACAAGAAAAUGGCUAAGCGCAUUGGUCGCUUUUUGCCCUAUUUGUUUAAGGCCGUUGACUUCGAUCACACUGGCCAUUUGGAUCUCGAACAAUAUAAGCUCUUCUUCCGCUGUCUGGGACUAUCUGAAGAGGAUGCUGCCAUUUCAUUCGCUGUGAUAGACAAGAAUGGCGAUGGCCAGGUGUCGCUCAAGGAGUUUGUACAUUUGGGUCGUCAAUUCUUUUUAACCGAAGAUGAAACCAAAAUAUCGAAAAUGUUCUGGGGCCCGCUGAUUGCUGAUCAUUGACGCGUUGCAGUCACUGCUGUAGAUCAACAUUAUGUUCGCUAUGCAAACAACAAUACCGAGCCAAUGCUGCCAACAACAACAUCAACAACGAUUCCAACACGCGCGCAGAUGGCGUGCGGCAGUUGGCCAUAUCUACAGCAUGUGGCGCUGCAUAAAUCGGGACCAUUCACAAGGCAAACGACAAGCGACAUUAACACAACUAACAACAAGAGCGUUAACAACAACAACAACAACAACAUCACAAGCAUCAACUGCAACAGCGACAUCAACAAAACCAACAUCAACAUCAAUCCCAACGCCAACACCAUCAAUUUGAUCACAAUUAGAAAUAUGAGCAUUUAUAAUUAUUUACGUCAACAUUUCAAUGCGGCCGGCAAACGCAAUCGUCGCUAUUCGACGGACAGCGAUGAGGAUGUGCCUCCGCCCUCGCCAAAGGUGCGCAAACACAAUCAUUACAAUCAUAACAGAGACAACAACAACAACAACAACAAUCACAACAACAAUCAGCAAAAGAGUGGAAGCCACCAGGGGAGGCGGGAGCAGCACGGCAAUCAGAGCCCCAAUUCUAAUAUGCAUAGUUAUGAUAUAAGAUUUUUUUUCUAUAUUAAUUCGCUUAUACUAUUCACAAUGUCCUGCCGUCAGUAUGAGGGCGAGGAUCUGAAGCAUUUCAUUGUUAAGCACAUAAGAGAAUUCGAUCGGCUGCGCCGCAAGGCGCGCAAGCGACGCAAGCGUAAAACUAAGCCAACAGCUUCAUUGCCAUUGUGAGAGCAAAGAGAAGUCGAGGCAAAUGUUUUCAUCUAUUUUUUUUUUUAGAUUAUACUACAAUUGAUAUAUACAUAUAUAAACAUGUAAAAAUAAUAAUAAAAACAAAAAGAACUACUAAAAUCUUAUUAGUAAGUGUAAUUUAUCUGCCAGACAAACCAGAUUGUAAUUGCAGAAGGCAAAUUCCAAUAUUUAAAAUCAGCGACAUGAAAUUUACGAUAAACCCAAAUCAAAG